GUUCUUUUGCUUAUUUCAUACUGAUUUCCCAUAUAUGGCUCGUCCUAUGUUGUUGGCAUUUGCUAAUUUAGCCCUUUUGGCUUAUUCUUCAGUGGCCUCUGCCGAAAUCGUGGAGCAUUCUUUUCAUGUGCAAAAUUUAACUAUCAACCGGCUGUGCCACCAGCAAGUCAUCACUGCUGUGAACGGAGACUUUCCCGGCCCAACUAUAAAGGUUCAUGAGGGUGACACACUCGUCGUUCAUGUCUUCAAUAAAUCUCCCUACAAUCUUACCAUUCAUUGGCACGGGAUUUUCCAACUACAGAGUGGAUGGGCGGAUGGGCCUGCAUAUGUAACACAAUGUCCGAUAUUCCCUGGAAACAAAUACACAUACAAAUUCACCAUCAUAGGACAAGAAGGGACCCUUUGGUGGCAUGCCCACUAUGGGUACCUUCGUGCAACUGUAUAUGGGGCGCUAAUCAUCCGACCGAGAAUGGGUAACUUGUACGCGUUCCCAAAACCUUCCGAAGAAUUCCCAAUUAUUUUAGGAGAGUGGUGGAAUACUAGUGUUAUUGACGUCGAGAACGAAGCACUUGCCACUGGUGGAGCGCCUAACAUUUCCAAUGCUUUCACCAUCAACGGUCAGCCUGGUGAUCUAUAUUCAUGCUCAUCAGAAGACACAUAUAAGCUGAAAGUUGUACAAGGAGAAACAUAUCUCUUGCGCAUCAUCAACGCUGCGCUCAAUACCCAGCUCUUCUUCAAGAUAGCGAACCACACAAUGACAGUUGUUGCCGUGGAUGCCUGUUACACCAACCCGAUGGUCACCGACACCAUCGUCAUGGCUCCCGGCCAGACCGUCGAUGCACUACUCACCGCCGACCAACCACUAGCCUCCUAUUACAUGGCGGCACAUGCCUACGACAGCGUGGGAGGUGUAUACGAUUCCACAAACACCACCGGGAUUAUCGUGUAUGAAAAUGCGACAUCGUCAACCCCAUUGAUGCCUACCUUACCUGACUUUGACGACACUUCUUUGGCCUUCCAAUUCUAUUCAAAUUUGACGAGCCUAAUGAGUGGGCCUUAUUGGGACCCCGUCCCAGUCGAAAUCGACCAGUACAUGUUUGUGACGGAAGGCUUGGGCCUUGCACCUUGCGGAUCGAACAGUGCUUGUGAGGGUCCUUUAGGGCUCGAAUUUGCCGCGAGCAUGAACAACGAAUCUUUCGAGCUUCCUACUAAGUUAUCAAUGUUACAAGCGUUUUUCUACAAUGUCAGUGGGAUCUACACCACCGAUUUUCCUAGUAAUCCACCGUUGGAGUUCAACUACACGGACUCAAGCAACGCUUUGAAUACAUCGCUCGUGAUGACGACUAAGUCGACGAGGGUUAUGAAAUUGAAGUAUAAUUCUACGGUUCAGAUUGUGUUUCAGAACACGGCGUUGGUGGGGACGGAGAACCACCCGAUACAUUUGCACGGGUUUAACUUUUAUGUUCUGGCACAAGGGUUUGACAAUUACAACGAUGUAACUGGGCCUGAAUCAUUCAAUCUCAUCAAUCCGCAAAAACGCAAUACCAUUGGAGUGCCUGUUGGAGGGUGGGCCGUCAUUAGAUUUGUGGCAAAUAAUCCUGGUGUAUGGAUUAUGCAUUGUCACUUGGAUGCGCACUUGUCGUGGGGCCUGGCGACUGCUUUUGUUGUUGAGAACGGGCCCACAUUGUCGACAUCUUUGCCUCCUCCUCCACCAGAUUUACCCCUUUGUUCGUUUUAUGCUAAGCAAAGAAGACAAUUUGCCAAGAGGGAGGAUGAUGCCAAAACUUCAGUGCAUGAAAGACUUGUACCCUGUGCAAGGUACAACACUCUUAUGCACUAGAGUUUGGGCAUUAAAAACAAGUUUUGGCUGAUUAGUGAAAUACCCUUUUUUUUUUGUGUGUGUGUGGCCGAUUUAGCUCUUGGCCAUUUUUUUCCCCCCCCCAAAGUUGCUAUGGUUCUCCCUGGGAGCUUGUGGUGUGAUUGUAAAAUAUGUGGUUUUGGGUUUUUUUUUUUGUAUAAAAUCAAAUAUCCAUAAAAAAAAGAAGUUACAUGGAUUAAAAGAUCUACCCAAUUGUUAAGAUCUUCAUUACCAUGUAUCUACAUCGAUCUUUCCGUAUUGAGACCCAAACCCAUUACUCAACCGUUGCCCGUUGAUUGUUUUGCAAUCACCGAGCAACAAUCGACUUUGUUUGACGGAGGGGAGCACAUUUGGGACAUGGAGGCCUAAGAGAGGUAAACUGCAAGGCUGCGGCAACCUGGUGAUUUUGGUGUGACCACAUGGAUGCGUUGAUAUCUUGAUUGUGGAAGGAGAUGCUAAUAAUAUGUGAAAGCAAUGAUGUAAUUUUAGUUUUUUUCGUUUCCCCUGCCAAGGGACAAAACACUGGCAAGCAGUGGCGAAGAAAGGAUUUUAAUAUGGGG